AUGAGACGAUUAUCCAUACUUUUCACUGCAUAUAUGAUAUUUGGCCUGAAUUUAUGUCAAUCUCAGAAACACGAUGAUAGCAGGUUAUAUCCCACUGGUCUCGGCAAACACAGUGGCCAUUGUAGGCGUGAACUGGACUUGACCUUGUUGGUUGACGAGUCAUCCAGUAUUAACCAGGAGGAGUGGGACAAACUGAUCAUUUUCCUCAAGUCUCUAAUUCGCUCCAUAAACAUUGGUCCAAACUACGCCCACAUAUCUCUUGUUACAUUUUCCACUUCCACCAGGUUGCUCAUUUCCUUCAUGGAUCCUGGUUCCAAAAACGAGAGGGAGGCGCUGAAGAUUGUCGACAUGCUUAGCAAGAGCAAGCCUGCGAUCGGAUUGACUUACACUGGCCAGGCCAUGGAGUACAUCAGGAACAGCGUUUUACGCUUCGGAACCAGGAAAACUGCCCCCAAGGCCAUCAUCUUAAUCACUGAUGGUGGGUCAACUCAACCCGGCGUAACGUCUCAGGCUUCUGCACUGUUGCGUGACGACGGGGUAACCUUGUUAGUGGUUGGCGUCAAGAAAGCAAUUGACUUCGAGUGCAGAUCAGUGGUAGGCUGUCCCGUUAAGAAAGUUGACUGCCCGGCCUUCUUCAAGACCAAUUGGGACGAGAUCAUUAGAAAAGUGGGAAAUUUAAUGACUGAAGUUUGUGACACCAUCCCUAAGGAUGCAGUCUGCAGACCCAUCUGGUCCGACUGGUCACCCUGCAACGUCAAGUGCGGUCCUGGUACCAAGUUUAAGAAGCUGAUGGACGUCGUCACGGUUGAGGAGCAGACAGUCGGGACCAACGGAAAGUCAGGGAAGACCUGCAAGGAGCAGUUCGUCAACGUAGAGCAGCCUCAGGAGGAGUGUAUGGGCGCUUGCACUGAUAUUAGUCACUUCAAAAGACCAGGUGAGUCCAGCACAGUUAAUCAGUUAACUUCAGAUCUGCACGUCGAUCACGAGGAAGGAACUACGCCUGCUGAGGACGAUUCCUCCUCCAAGGGAGAUGAGGCCACUGAAGGUGACCAGAUUACUGUUGAAGGCGAAGAGGACCAAAGUCCCGAGAACCCAGGUGAAGGCGAAGACCACGAAUCUGGCGAGGGUGUUGAGGAAGUAGAGAGCCACACUCCAGAGGAAAUCACCAACGAGCCAGAAGAGACCACCGACGAGCCCGAGGAAUCACCUGCGGAAGAAUCUGGUGAGGAGAUGGAGGAUGCCCAUCCCGAUGAAGCAGAGGCCGAAGGAGAGGCCGAACCAGAGCCCUCAGAACCUGAUCAAUAUGCAGACGAAGAAGAGUCCCCGGAGUCCGUAGAUGAAGAACCCUCAGAAUUCCAUGAACCCGAAGGUGACGCCGAACAGGUCGAAGAUGAGGGGUCCGCAGCUGAGACCCACGAGGAGCAAAGCCCUGAGGAACUAUCUCAUGAAGAACACGCGGUUCCAAAAGAACACGAGGCCACCAUUGGCGAGCAUCAUGCCCAUGUUGACGAAGAUGCAGAAAUAGGCGGCGACCAGGAUGAAUAUCCUGAGGGGGCAGACCAUGAACACACUGGUGAACACGACGAAGGUACUUUACCUCCCUAUUUAUUUCAUUUAGAAGUACCUGGCCCGGCUACACACUUCCAAAACCCACAACAAGAGCCGCCGGGUAUGCCUCAUUCUAAAACUCAUUUAUACUUAGCUGGCGACUACACCAAGCACGAGUCAUCACACCAAAAGAGCCGCAAGGAAGAAUCCACCAAAAAAGAGGGAUUCAGUAGAAGUGGCGCCACGAUUGCGGGCGGAAUAAUUCUAGGUCUUCUGAUGCUAGGAGCAGGCGGAGGCUACGCCUACUACAGGAAGUAA